AUGCGUGCGAACAUCCCCAUCGUCGCCGGCCUCAUCGGCCUGGCCUCCGCCCUUCCCACCGACUCCGCCCUCGAGAAGCGCGCCGUCCCCACCGUCUGGACCUGCGGCGACAGCACCAUGGCCAAGGCCGGCGGCGGCGCCGGCACCGAGGGCUGGGGACAGUACCUGCAGUACUCCUUCGACACCAGCAAGGCCAAGGUCGACAACCGGGCCAUCGGAGGACGCAGCGCCCGCUCCUACACCCGCGAGGGCCGCUUCGACACCGUCGCCGGCCUCGUGCAGUCCGGCGACUGGGUCAUCAUGGAGUUCGGACACAACGACGGCGGAUCGCUGAGCACCACCGACAACGGCCGCACCGACUGCUUCGGUGACGGCACCCAGACCUGCCAGACUACCUACAACGGUGUUGCUGAGACCGUCCUUACCUUCCCUGCUUAUCUCAAGAACGCCGCGAAGAAGAUGAACGCAAAGGGCGCCAAGGUCAUCAUCUCGGCCGCCACUCCCAACAACGUCUGGGAAACCGGCAGCUUCAAGUGGGGAGCCGACCGCUUCUACUACUACAGCUGGCUCGCUGUUGAGCAGCUCGGUGGCCCCUCCAAGGGCUUCUACUUCGUCCCUCACGGCGAGUACGCCGCGCAGGCGAUGAAGAACCUCGGCGCCUCCACGAUCAACGCGAACUACCCCAACGACCACACCCACACGUCUCCCUACCUCGCCGACGUCAUGCACAAGGCCUUCGUCCUGGGUCUGGAGUGCGGCACCAGCGCCCUCGCGAAGCUGGCCAAGAACACGACCGCUUCGCUCACGUCGACCUACCUCGGCGGCUGCAUCGACAACUACAACUCCACCGUCCACGCCCUCCUCCGAUAA